AAAGAUUCAACUUCAAAAAAUUAAAGGCCCAGUACAAUGAACGCUCGUAUCUGAGAGAGAAAGCUCAUUCCUGAGAGAGAGAACAGAGCGAAAUUAAAGACACUACUACUGAGAAAGAAAAUAAAAAAAGGAAAAGAUGGUUAGAACCCCUUGCUGUGAUAAAAGUGGACUGAAAAAAGGUACAUGGACACCCGAGGAAGAUAGGAAAUUAAUAGCUUAUGUCUCCAGGUAUGGUUGCUGGAAUUGGCGCCAACUACCCAGGUUUGCGGGUCUACAGAGGUGUGGGAAAAGUUGCAGAUUGCGGUGGAUGAAUUAUCUUAGACCGAAUAUAAAAAGAGGAAACUAUACAAAAGAAGAAGAGGAAACUAUUAUCAGAUUGCAUCAAUCUCUGGGAAACAGAUGGUCUGCAAUUGCGGCACAGCUACCGGGAAGGACAGACAACGAAGUUAAAAAUCACUGGCAUACAAACCUCAAGAAACGCGUGCAACACAACUACGUGACACACGGAUUAGAAAUAUAUUCCAAUAAUUCAUCCAACGAUUACAAUAUUCCAUCCCAAGAAAAAACCAAGAAUAAUACAAUCUCGGAACACAAUAAUAGUGCUCUGGAAGAUCAAGCGGCUCUGCAAAUCCUUGAGAGCUCUACACUGUCCCCGGGACAGACAUAUUCUUCAAGUGAUGAAGUCUCAACCAUUAGCACGGAUACUACUUUCACUGAAACCAGCACCACAAACUUUGCCGCUGAUGACAGUAAUGUUAGUGCUUAUAAUUCCUUGGAAACAUUCUCUGAAUUCAGUGGCAAUUUCUGGACAGAGCCAUUUUUGGCAGAUAAUUCCUAUAUCCCAAGUGAAUUUCUCACACCCAUCACCGACCUCGAGAUUUUCUCUCCAUUGUUUGAUGGAAGUUCCUUGAGCUCUACUCAUGAGUAUUAUAUGGAACAUGAAGUCCUGUUUUGGUAACAGUUAUAUAUAUAUAUCCAUUCGCUUUUUAUGCAUGGAAAUAUUGUUAUAUAUAUAUAUAGUUCUAGUUUUUGAAUCUUUA